GUCGCCGGCCGCGAGCGCCGGUGGCGCCCACGGGAGUCGGCACCUCUGCGUCCGGUGCUGCGCGGCUCUGACAAUCAUGGCAGUCUCGGCGGCGGCGGCGGCGCGGCUGCGGCUCGCGGUGCGGGGAGCGAGGGCCAUACAAGCCGGAGGCUUCGGCUGCGCACAGCCCGCUCGCUACAGCUCGAGCGAGGGCUCCAUCAGGGAGGCCGGCGGGACCUUCGCGAAAAAAGAGAAGGCCGAAGAGGAACGAUACUUCCGAGAGCGGACUAAAGAACAACUGGCAGCCCUGAAGAAACACCAUGAAGAGGAGAUCCAGCAUCAUAAAAAGGAGAUUGAACGUCUGCAGAAAGAAAUUGAGCGGCACAAGCAGAACAUCAAGAAACUGAAAAGUGGUAGUGAUGAUUAAGUGCACUGCAGUUCCCCAUAGAAUGGCUACCUAAUGUCCACUUCUAUGAAAGCAUGGUUCUGGUAACUAAUAUCUAUGCUGCCAACAGAUUAAAUAAAUUGUGAUCAGUGAA